CUGGCCUCCUGAACAGCCAGGAGAGGGAGAUCUGGGACCAGGAGGAAGAGAACAAACCAGAGGCUGUAUUACAGUGCUGCGCACCAACUACCCACAUAGAUCCUCUGAGUGGUUGUGCUAGUCCUACGGCUUCUACCUAUACCCACUGCAACUAUUUCCAGAAUCCUCCAAUGCAGUCGUCAUAUCCAGUUGAAUUUUUGCCAUCCAACUGGCCAUGCAAUAUGUCUGAUGAAAACAAGAAGACAGAAGUAAACUUAGAGGCUGUCUUUCAGAUUGUAGAUGAGAUGCAUUCUUCUCCCAAAUUGGAGAUGGUGAAGGUGGAACCUAUGGAGAACCAGUGUUCAACGCCACAGCCUAACAAAGGCCAACGGCUGCUAGCUACUCCUGAAAAUAGCGAUGUACCUUCCUCAAAUCAGGCCAGUGAGCUGGAGCCUCUUACUCCUGUAGGUUCAGAUAUUACGUCAUUUGUGGUGGGAACAGAUCAAGCAAUGGCCUGUUCUCUGCCACAGUCACCUGAGUUUAUUUACACUAUACAUGCCACUGAGUCUCUAGAGACUGCUGCUACACAAAUGGUGCAGGAACCUGCAGCCACACAGGAAGCACAUGCAAAACUGAAAGAACAGCUGAGCCAUACUUCGACUCAGUCUUCAGUGGUGUUUGUUCAUGAGGCACUGCCAUUCAAUCUACAGCAGGUGGAUUCAAGUAUUAAAUGUCAAACCAAUACAUCAGAGACGGUUGUCUCUUCAGAACAAAUAGGAUUCCUUAUUUCAGAGGUGGGGCCAGUGAGCAAAUCUGCCAAAGACACAGUUUCAUCCAUGCAAGCCAAAUGCAGAGAAAGAAGAAGCAGUUCACAGAAGGGCAAGUCCCCUGAUCUCCAUCUGCUGGUAGAUGUAGCUUGCAAGCAGGAGCACUUUUCAAAGGAAGAAUUAAGAGAGUAA